GAGUCAGAUUGAAAUCAGUCGCCUCGUGCAUUGUCGCUCGCUGUCGUACAACACAACUUUCAACAAUCAUGUCUGGAAGAGGAAAAGGAGGAAAGGGUCUUGGCAAAGGAGGUGCUAAACGUCAUCGAAAGAUUCUUCGUGACAACAUUCAAGGCAUCACCAAGCCAGCCAUUCGCCGAUUGGCUCGUCGUGGAGGAGUAAAGAGAAUCUCUGGCCUCAUUUACGAAGAGACACGAGGUGUUCUCAAGGUUUUCCUCGAGAACGUCAUUCGCGAUGCAGUCACGUACACAGAACAUGCCAAGCGAAAGACUGUCACUGCCAUGGAUGUCGUCUACGCUUUGAAGAGACAGGGUCGAACACUGUACGGAUUUGGCGGUUAAGUUGCGUCGUCCUGUUUACAGGAUAGACAACUGGAGUGACUCGUCCUCACCAACAACACAAACAGCUUUUUUAAAAGCUACCAAAAAUGCCAAAGUUGCCCAAUGUUUUAAGCCUUGUGACAGCACACGAUUAACAGCGAGUCAUAAUUGAAUGUACUGAAUCAAUAAAUUAAUAUCCCACUAAAUAAAUCGACCGGUAUAAUGUCAAGUCGCACAAAAAUGCACUGAAGUCCAACAGGAAUAUGUUUACUAAAUAAUAAUAGGACUUUGUAAAAUGCUAUUGAUGCAGCUAGCUCAAUCAAGUUGAUUUUUGAAAGAGCAUGCCAACAAACUCAUCUCCAAAUUAAUAAUAAUAAGUCUACAAGAUGUCCUCACCAGAAAGGUAGGCUCCAAACAUCUCCAUUUCAUGAACACAAAUAGAUGAUGAACCCCUCGUUGACUUGACAUACAGUAGUAAUGUGCAUAUCCCUCUCUCAUAAUUGUUGUGUUUGUGGAUCAUUGACAAAUGUUGACAUAUGAGAUACAUUAUCAUCAUUAAAAAACCAAGCAAAAGAUUCAUACAUCUUCACCUUACUACCAUCAACAAAUAGCCCAGCCCUUUGGUCAAUUCAGUUUUAAUGACCAUCAGCAAGAAAUAUAACCAGGAAGAUUACCAACAGGCCAAGAAAAGAAUUCCAAUUCUGUCUAUUCUUUUUUAUUUUCAACUUUGAUUAUUUGCCCUUAAAUAAAAGUUGUUUCACCUUGAUCAAUUGAAGAAAAUAAUUCCUUUUCUGUCUAUUCUUAUUUUAUUUUCAACCAUAAUUAUUUGCCCCUAAAUAAAAGUUGUUCCACCUUGAUCAAUUGAGAAAUUAAUUCCUUUUCUGUCUAUUCUUUUUUUAUUUUCAACUAUAAUUAUUUGCCCUUAAAUAACAGUUGUUUCACCUUGAUCAAUUGAAGAAAAUAAUUCCUUUUCUGUCUAUUCAUUUUCAUUUUCAACCAUAAUUAUUUGCCCUUAAAUAAAAGUUGUUUCACCUUGAUCAAUUGUUGCUUGCAUCUUGGUUCAACUGUGUAAGGAUAGCCUGUUUAAGGAUAGCUUCUUAGGACCAAUCAACCCUAGAUUGAUUACUUGCUGCUGGUUCAAUUGAUUGACUGCUUGAUUAUUGUUAUUGAAUGUUUGGUAUGGUUUCUUUGUGCUCAUCUGUUGAGCAUGAUUAAUUGAGAUGCUAGUGUACCCCUACCACCACUCGAAAAGAAACAUAAACUAAUUGAUAAAAUGAUUAAAACUACUUGCUUAAACAGUGAGUAGCUUUGAAUGAAUUCAAAGCAUCAUAAUGCAGUGGGCCUAUACUAUAAACAAUAUAGAGUGUGUGGUGUGGGUAGGUAUCGUGUGUGUCACAAGCAGGUACACCAAGUUAGUUUUCGUGGUGGUUUUUAAAAAAACCGUUUUUCGUUCGACGAACUGGUAAAGCCAGCCAACAACACUAGCCAGCCAGGCUUUAUGAUUUUGGAGCCUUCUGCUCGGUCUUCUUUGGUAAGAGUACUGCCUGAAUGUUGGGCAGGACACCACCUUGAGCAAUGGUCACUCCACUCAGCAAUUUGUUCAGCUCCUCGUCGUUUCUGAUUGCAAGCUGCAAGUGUCGAGGGAUGAUUCUUGACUUCUUGUUGUCCCUGGCGGCAUUGCCAGCCAA